CAAGAAGGGCUGGUAGACUUGUGACAGGGCAACAAGCAGAAGGGUCCUGAGAGCGGCGUCCAGGUCUCGCCAGGCCGGCAGGUAAAUGCGGACAGCCCGGCUGCAGCUCCCGCCCGCCCAAGUCUCUAGGGCGAAGGGACCGCGCCCGCCUUCUAGCCUUGGCCGGCGCUCGGCCGUCAGUCCCUGACACUUUGCCCCGACGUACUAGCCUCCAGGACCAGCCUCGCUCGCUCGUUCGUGUCCGGAGACCCUUGGACCGUGUACAUUCUGGACAAAGCCGAAGGGUCAGAUUCGAAAACAGCCCGUCCCCGGGCUCCGACGCUCUGGCUGCGCCCGGAACCCCAGGUUCGCGGCCUCGGCUUCCGGCCGGCGCAGGCGUUUUGUGGCCCCAGCCUACGGAAGCAGACUCGGAGGGCCGAGACUCGGCAGGACCGGAGAUGGCGCCGCCGGCGGGCGGAACGGUGGCGGCCUCGGACCCAGGCUCUGCAGCGGUGCUACUUGCUGUGCACGCCACUGUGAGGCCGCUAGCCGCGGGGCCGGACGCCGAGGCGCAGUUGCGGAGACUGCAGCUGAGCGCAGACCCCAAGCGGCCGGGGCGCUUCCGGCUGGAGCUGCUAGGCGCGGGUCCCGGGGCGGUCAGUUUGGAGUGGCCCUUGGAGACAGUCUCCUACACCGUCCGAGGUCCCAGCCAGCAUGAGCUGCAGCCUCCACCAGGAGGGCCUGGGACCCUCAGCCUGCACUUCCUCAACCCGUUGGAUGCUCAGCGGUGGGCAGCCCUGAUCCGAGGUGCCACCGUGGAGGGACAGAAUGGCAGUGACAGCCUGCCUCCAGCCCUGAGCCCAGAGACAGGCCCUGUUUCUGCACCCGGCCCCUCUGAAGUGCACACACCCAAGGCCCCCCAACCCAAGGUGGAUGUUUCCUCACACCCUGGAGACUUGAUGGAGAAAGAAGAGCUGGCUGGGCGCCUGGCCCAGGCCAUUGAGGGUGGGGAUGAGAAGGGGGCAGCCCAAGCAGCAGCCAUCCUGGCCCAGCAUCACGUGGCCCUCAGUGUUCAGCUCCAGGAGAGCUGCUUCCCUCCUGGCCCCAUCAAGCUACAGGUCACAGUUGAAGACGCUGCGUCCUCCGCCCACAUCUCCCUGCAAGUCUACCCCCACUGCACCAUCUCCACCCUCCAGGAGCAGGUGUUCUCGGAGUUUGGCUUUCCGCCAGCAGUGCAGCGCUGGGUCAUCGGGAAGUGCCUGUGUGUGCCAGAGCGCAGCCUCGCUUCCUACGGAGUCCAGCAGGACAGGGACCCUGCUUUCCUCUACCUACUCUCAGCUCCUCGAGAAACCCCCGGACGCAGCCCUCAGCGUCCCCAGAAGAUGGAUGGGGAACUAAGCCACCGCCUAUUUCCUCAGUCAUUGGGGCUGCCCCAAGCCCCUCAGCCAGCCAGCUCCAGCCUCCCCAGCCCCCUUCAGUCUGGCUGGCCCUGCCCUUCCUGCACCUUCAUCAACAUCCUGAGCCGGCCUGGCUGUGAGAUGUGUAACACUCAGAGACCUUGUGCUUGGGACCCACUUCCUGCGGCCUCCACCCAGCAGUCACUAAUGGUAACAAGGGGAGAGGAUGGCCCUUCCCUUCCAGGCCCGAGGUCCCUGGAUGCCCUCCUGAACCUCUCCGGGGACCUCCGCUGACAGCUCCCUGGGGAUAGAGCCAGAGCCAUUAAAGAUAUUUUGAGCCAA